UCCCUUCCUUCUUUCCUUGUAGCGACCACGCGGCUCGUCGCCUUCCCCAACACCAACUCCUCUCAUCCUCCCUUCUCCCUGCCCUAUAAAUUGACCGCAAACCCUAAUCUCCCACUCUUUUCGCAUCCCGAUCCCCCUCGUCCUCCUCCCUCGCCGGCGCCGCUCUCUCCAUGCGUCUCCCCUGACCCGUCGCCUCCUCGCACGGCCGGAUCCCAUGGCCGGCGGGCCGCCCGAGUCGGAGGAGUUCGUGAUACGCUCCGGCGUCCGCUCCGGGCUGAAGCGGGAGUUCGCGUUCGCCCUCAGGUCGCAGUCCCAGCUCCCGGCUUCCCUUGGUCGUACCCGCUCCGGAAAGUCGGUUGGUGGCUUUGCCGCUUCGGCGCCGAGGGAGAGUAAGAAACUGAGGGAAUCCCUUCUGUCCGAGGCUGACGAGAAGGCGGUCGAGGUUGCGGUUGCCCCGAUUGUUGUGGAUUGCGACGACUUGGGUUCGGAAGGAAUAGAUGUAGUUGUGCGUGCGGAUGAGGACGCUGUGGAAACCGUCACAUUGGCCGGUAGUUUCGGCGGUUCUGCAUCGGAGAUUGCUUCUUCAUAUUCGAAGCCCUCCGCCGAGGAAACGUUGGUUUCAUUAGAUUGUUGUGAUGAAUCGGCGCCGGAUGACGCUCAAGCAAAUGGAAAGCCUGUCAAAGCCUCAGUUGUUCAUUGUGACGAUAAGCACAAGGUGGAUGUGGAUCCGUCUAGGAGUGGGGUUCCUGUUGGAACUUUAGUGUCGGUUAAUGUCCAGGGUGAAUCUGCCGCGUCUGUGAAACCGAUCAAGGUGUUUGUCAGAUCUCCACUGAGGGGCAAAAUGGGAGAUUUGUUAAAGUCUGCCAAUGGUCAGGCCAAAGCUUUAGGGUCCACCGUGGAAACCACAAUUGUUCUUGAUCAUGGUGCUACGUGCAAACUGAAUUGCAGUUCCCUUGAUAAUUCACGUGCAAUGGGCAAUGCUGUCUUGAUUGACGGGGAUGAUGUAUGUAAUGCUAAUGAAUUGGCUUCUAACAAUCAAUCGAACAGCUUGUUAGCAUUGACGAAGGGGGAUGGUGUACAAGAAUCAAUUCUCGAAAGCCUUCCUUCCACGGCAACUAUGAAUUCUAGAGAACUUUUGCAGGGUACAUCAGCAGUAGCAGACUAUGGCGAUGUUCAUGGACAUUCAGCUGGUUUGCUACAAAAACCCUUGAGGAGAUUUACUAGGUCAAUGUUGAACUCGAAGGCUCCACCUGCUAAUAGAGAAGUCCAAACCGCAGUGCUCUCUGCCAUGGAAAAUGACAAAGAUGGCCGGAUUCAAGAUUAUAACUUUCCAGGACUAUCAAAUGGGAAGGCUACAAGGUCUAAUAUCAAGGACAGAGGCGAUGAUUUGGGCACAGAUGUUAGCAUAUCGAGUGAAUCUAUUGGAUUAGAAGAAAUAAAAAGUGAGGCUUAUUCUUCUGAAUCUUUGAGCACCCCGCAGAAUAAGAUGGAACUAAAGAUGUCAAAGAAGAUUUCUCUGACAAAACUACCUGGUAAUGUAAGAGAAUUGCUGUCAACUGGAUUGCUUGAAGGAUUGCCUGUCAAAUAUUUUACAUCCAAUGGAAAGCGAAUUGAGCUUCACGGUGUUAUUAAGGGCAAUGGUAUAAUAUGCUCUUGUGCUAAUUGUGAUAGUUCAACUGUUGUUUCAGCUUAUAUAUUUGAGCAGCAUGCUGGCAGCACCAAGAAGCACCCAGCAGAUUUCAUUUUCUUGCAAAAUGGUAAUAACCUCCAUGAUGUAGUGAGAGCAUGCCGUGAUGCUCCUUUAAACAUGUUGGAAGCUACAAUUCAAGGUGCAAUAGGUCCAACACCACCAAGGAAUUGCUUUACUUGUCAAAACUGCAGUGCAUCAUUUUCAACUUCACGCUCUGGAAAAUUUGCAUUAUUCUGUGAUUUGUGUAUCGAAUCAAAGCAACACGUUAGGACUCCCGGUCCACUGCUUGGAAUUGCCAGUUCUCCAAGAUUGCCAAGAACAGGCUCUAAGCUAGAACCAUUGCCAAGAACAAGCUUUAAACCAGGAUCAAGCACUAAGCCAGAACAAUUGCCAAGAGCCAGCUCGAAGCCAGAACCACCAAGUAAUUCUUCAAAGAACUUAUCAUCAAUCAAGAAAACCAGUGUGGGAAGGUUAACUAGAAAGGAUCUCGGCCUGCACAAGUUGGUAUUUAUGAAUGGCAUCUUGCCAGAGGGAACGGAAGUUGGCUACUAUGUUCGUGGCAAGAGAUUACUUGAAGGUUACAUAAAAGAUGCUGGAAUAUACUGUAGAUGCUGCAACACCGUGAUUAGUCCGUCACAGUUUGAAGCUCAUGCUGGUAGAGCAGCACGGCGCAAACCAUACAAUAAUAUAUACACAUCCAAUGGAGUUUCCCUUCAUGAAUUGUCAGUUUCUUUGUCAAAGGAUCGGAAGCUGUCAGCUGGUGAGAAUGAUGACCUAUGCAGUAUUUGUGCUGAUGGUGGAAACCUUCUACUCUGUGAUCUAUGCCCAAGAGCUUUUCACACAGGAUGCGUAGGGUUGCCAAGUAUACCAGAGGGAGAUUGGCACUGUCAGUAUUGUCAAAAUCUCCAUCAAAGAGAAAGGAGUGUUGCAUCUAAUGAUAAUGCUAUUGCUGCUGGGAGAGUUGCAGGAGUUGAUCCCAUUGAGCAGAUAUUCAAAAGAAGCAUGUGUAUUGUCACAAGUUCCCAGGCUGAUGUUGGUGGAUGUGCAGUGUGCAGGAGCCAUGAUUUCAGUAAAUCUAGAUUUGAUGAUCGAACAGUUAUGAUUUGUGACCAAUGUGAGAAGGAAUAUCAUGUUGGAUGUUUGAGGGAGCAAAAGAUGGCUGAACUAAAGGAAUUGCCUGAAGGGGAUUGGUUCUGUUGCAGUGAUUGCAUUAGGAUUUGGAAUGCUUUGCAAGAAUUUCUUCUACGUGGAGCACAGAAGCUUCCAGUAUCAAAUGCUGAUGUCAUCAUGGAAAAAUUGAAGAAUAAAGACUUAAACAUGGACACUGGUGCUGAUAUGAGAUGGAGACUUUUAAGUGGAAAAACUGAUUCAGGAGAUAGUAAAUUACUGCUUUCUAGAGCAGUUGCUAUUUUCCAUGAGUCAUUUGACCCCAUUAUUGAGGCUACAACUGGUCGGGAUCUAAUACCUUCUAUGGUUUAUGGGAGAACAGUAAGGGAUCAAGAUUUCAGCGGAAUGUUCUGUGCAGUAUUAACUGUUGGAUCAUCUGUUGUUUCAGCAGGAAUCCUACGUGUUUUGGGAAGUGAAGUUGCUGAACUUCCAUUAGUUGCAACAAGCAGGGAACACCAAGGGCUGGGUUUCUUCCAGGCACUCUUUUUCUGCAUUGAAACAUUGCUGGCGUCUUUGAACGUGAAGCAUUUCCUGCUCCCUGCAGCCGAAGAAGCUGAAGGCAUUUGGACAAAAAAAUUUGGGUUUACAAAGAUAAACUCUGACCAGCUGGUGAAGGUUCUAAAGGGUGCUCGAACAACAGUUUUCCAGGGGACAUCCAUGCUACAUAAACCUGUUCCACUCGUUCAAUCUUCUUAUUCAGUGAGACAGCAAGCUGCAGAGUGAAGGCAACAAUGAAUCCCUAAGGGUCAGUUUCCUUGGUUGGAAAAAUAGGAGGGGGAAGGAAAGGAUGAGGGAGGUGGAGAUGAAAUAUAUACGAGUGAUUGAGCUCUAUCUGCCCUUCUCUUAUCUAACUUGUCACCCAAAUAGAAUUGAGUCUAGAAGGAAGUUGUUCUUUUGAGGGUUCGUAUUUUUGUGUGUAUAUAGAAGAGAGUCUGCUUUGUACAGCAAUUUUUUAAUCUAGAGUAAGUAUGAUGCUUCAGAUGGAGUUUAAAAGAAGAAUAGGAUUUUUUUAACUCGAAAAGGAUUGGAGGGAUCAAUGAAAUUUCUUACUCCAGAUUUUUUGUUUCUUAAUCUGAUCAUAUGCGACAGAUUUUUUGUAAUUGCAUCAAAGUAGAUUUUCCCAAGCGUUUAAUUUGUUAUAUUCUCACAAUCUAUGAUAUUUGUGAAUGUAUUAUGGUAGUAUGCGGAUUG